AUGACAGAUUCACAGGCUCCUUUGGCUGCUCCAGCAGAACAUGUCCUUGAUACGCUUUAUGUCAAUAAUUUGAAUGAGAAAGUGUCGUUAAACAAACUCAAGGCUGUGCUUAAUCUGCUAUUUGGGCGAUAUGGCAAAGUCAUCCAGAUAACAGCACACAGAAACUUGAAGAUGAAGGGACAGGCAUUUGUCACGUAUGCUGACCCAAAAAGCUCCGACAAGGCCCUCCGAAAGCUACAAGGACGGCCUGUGUUCAAAAAACCUAUUCGCAUCACCUGGGCCAAGGCGUCCUCGGACGAAUACAAUCGGCUACUACAAAACUUCGAUGCUAUUGCCAAAAGACAAGAGUUGAAGAAAGAGAGAGAGAGGCUCCGCAAAGAAAAGGAGCAACAGAAACCACAGACACCGCAACCAGGGACUUCUCAAAUGUCCAAAUCUCAAAUCAAGCAGUGGAAAUCUCUUCCACCCAACAACAUUCUUUUGCUUCAAAACUUGGCAGACCAUCAACUCUCCAACGAAGUGUUGGACGCUAUAUUCUCAGUUUUCAAUGGCUUUGAGCGUGUGCGUCUAAUCAAGUUCAGAAAGUUGGCGUUUGUGGAUUUCGAUAGUGAAACCAACGCUACCGCUUGUCUAGAGAAGUUGGGCAGUUCAGACUCACUCGAAAAUGCUCUUCUUACAUAUGCAAAGAAAUAA